AUGAUGAUGAGACGCAGGGCGCGGCGGUGGCGUGGAUUCCUUGUCGCGUUUUUCCGUGAGGUGCCUGUCGUGCUGGCGCGCCUGCGGCCGCACCUGGCGGCCGUCGCGGGACCGCGCUCAGAGUCAGUGGAGCAGGGCCUGCGGCUGCGGGAGUGCCAGGAGACGCUGGUCAGCCUGACUAUCCUUGCAAAAAAGUACAAGGACCUUUUCUGGCGGGUGCAGAAGGCGGCGGCCGUGCCGCAGCCGCAGGCGCUGCAGGCCGGGUGGCUGACUUUCCUGCUUCUCAAGGCGCAGCUGCUGCAGCAAUACCCAGACCUCGUCAGCUCGCUGCAGCUGCUGGUGUGCGUCCUCGGCUGCUUCGUGGCCAGCAUGCCCUACGGCGACCCCGAAAUUCGCACCCUCAUGGAGCUCAAUCCAGCCGCCAUCGACGCCAGCGGGCGCCUGAACACGCUCAAGCUGCUGGCGGCGGCCGCGCGCGCCGAUUACCCGCAGGUGCAGGCACUCAUGCCGACCGUGGAAGCGCGGUUCCGCGCGCUGCUGGAGGCCGGGAAGUUUCCUUGGCUGCCCGCUGACCUGGCAGCGGCGUCGACGCCGCACCCGCUCGAGCGCCAGCUGGCGCCGGUGUGCGCGCUGCAUGCGCCGGGCAUGCUCUCGGAGCGGCGCCAGCUCAGCGACCUGGUGUUGUACCUGGACGGCAGCUACCAGGCGGAAUACGAGCGGGCGGGGGAGAUUGACGAGCGGGAGUUCCUCACGACCGAUUUCGGCGCCCUCGCCAGCCCCCGCGGCAUGAUUGGCGGCGCAGGGCCGGUCGCAGCGGGCGGCGGCGCGACGCCCAGCGGCGCGCACGCCAACGGCUUCCCGACCCCCGGGUCUGCCGCGGCGGCGGGCGGCGGCGGCGGCGGUCCGCACAUGCUCGCCAAGCCGCCGCUCGCGCCGCCGUCCGCGCGGCGCCCGCUGUCGCUCGGCCUGCAGUCGCCGCUGCCAAUCAUGCACCUGGGGCCGCCCGCGCCGGCGACGCCCAUCACGCAAGCCAUGGGCAGCGUGGCGUGGCUACGGGGCCUCACGGCUGACGCCGCGCCUGAGCCGAGCGCGGCGCUGCGGCAGCUGCUGGCCGCGGCCGGGCCCGACGCCGGGCCUGUGCUGGUGGCGCGCGUCGCAGAGGCUGCAGAUGCAGU